AUGGCACGUGUAAAGCUCUUCAAAAAUCAAGGCAUCUUGAGAUUGCUCUUGAUUGUCAUGGUUGUGUUCUCCAUGGUUCCCAAGGUGAAAGCUUGGACAGAAGCCGACUUUGAGAUUUUUGAUAUCGUUGACGCCUUGGAGAAGGCUGAAGGCAAGGAUACCAACUUUUAUAACUGGCUGGGCGUAGCUCCCUCAGCAAGCCAAAAUGAGAUCAGUAAGGCUUAUCGUAAGCUUUCAUUGAAGUGGCAUCCUGACAAGAAUAAGGGCGAUCCUAAGGCAAAGGAGAGAUUCACGCGUUUGGGUGUUAUUGUGUCAAUUUUGCGUGAUCCCACUAGCCGUGAACGCUAUAACUUCUUUUACAAGAAUGGCGUACCUCGCUGGCGUGGUACUGGUUACUUGUACAGCCGUUUCAGACCUGGAUUAGGCACAGUUACUGUUGUACUUUUGCUGAUUGCUGCCGGUAUGCAACACAUUGCUGGUCAAAUCAACUACUAUCAAGAGAAACGUAAAAUUGCUCAAUUCGUUGCUGAAGCCAGAUCCCACAUGAUUCACGAUGCUCCUAAAGGUCGUGCUGCCACUCUAGGUCGUAGCUAUGUUGAAGUAGGUCAAAGAAAUAUGCGCUGUGAAGUCAAGAGUGAUAACUACAUUGUGGUGUACCCUGAUGAACGUACAGGAGAGCCUAUUCAUUUGAAUACCGAGUGGGUAACCAAGCCAACGGUCAGCAAUCUUUUCAUUGUUGCUUGGCCCAAACGUUGGAUCUACAAGGCAUUAGGCAAGAAAGACGAAUUUGAAGAAGAGUUUGAAGAGGAAAUGGUCGAAGGUGAAGAGGAAGAGGUAUCAGGAAAAGAUCAAAAGAAGGCUGCUGACACCUCGAAUACCAAGAAGAAGUCUCUUCGUAAGAGAGGCGGUGGAGAAAAAGUCAAUGUGAUGGGUGCCAAGGUUGGUGGUCGUAGAAGACCAACCAAAAAUUAA